AAUCAUUGAAUGUCACUGAACGCACUUUACUAGUCAACUUACUACACGUACUUAAAUUGUGUUCGCGCUCGCAGUCCCCAUUUCCACCCAGGUGAUGCAACACAUCUUUUUGCGGCAACAAAAGCGCGAAAAAAUUUUUCACGCAUAAAUUAUCCAGAUAUAGUUUUGUAGUUCAUUCUUUUGUGACAAGUCAAACGUCACAACACAAAUUGUUUGAUAAAAGUGUGUUCAAAGCGUCAAAAUGGUGAAAAAGUUCGUGUACAUUUUAUCAUCCAUUGAAUUGUUUUCGUUCGGUCUCUUGAUUCCGAUCCUUGGCAUUCAAAUAAUAGCCGUUGGAGGCAAUCGAUUCAUUCUGGGAAUGCUUGGAUCCGCACAAUGUUUAUUACAGUUUAUAGCCGGACCUAUUAUUGGAAGUUGGAGUGAUAAUGUCGGAGCAAAACCUGCAUUACUCCUCUCAUCUUACGGUUUGCUCUUUGCACAAUUGAUAUUCUCCGUGCCGAAUUUAUACUGUUACGUUGCCGGACGAAUACUCAAUGCAUGUUUCCUUCAUGGUCAAAUCCUGGUGCGGACUUUGCUCACCGAAAGCAAGGAAACCGACCAAGCUGGGGUCCAAGGUAAACUCCGGUCGGUGGGCGCCAUGUCCUUCACCUUGGCUCCUGUCAUCGGUGGUGUUAUUAUGAGCAUGGACAAUGGCUUCUUUAAAAUAUCCAUGUUGUGUUCAGUGCUGGCUAUUGUUAACGUUCUUGUGUGCCAUUGUUUACCAAAUCCCAAAAAAGGAAAGACUUCUAAAAAAGACAAGAAAGAUGGUGAAAAAGCAUCGCCACUUAGUCAAAUCUUUGACAAUCUGAAACAAGUCGAUUGGAAAGUUUUUGGCACUUUGUUCACUCUACGUUUCCUUGUGGAAACAGCAGCAUCCAUUUACCAUCAGAAUUUGGGUUACGUUUUCGCUGAGGAAUUCAAAUCCACCCCGAAUGAAGUUGGUUUAAUCAUUUCGUUCUAUGGUAUCUGUGCUAUUGUCGUAAAUGUCAAAAUGAACGCGAUAAGAAAGCAUGUGAAAAAUGGAUAUAAAUGGGGAACGAUUGGAAUGCUGCUUGCUUUCUUGAUGAUUUACUUCAUUCCUUACUUCUGGUCGUAUAUGGUUUUCAUUGUGUUGUUCUCCCUGUUCAAGACACUGUUGGAGUCUACAUGGACUGAUAGUAUUAUUGAAAUGUCGGAUGAGAAAAACAAUGGCGCCGUCAAUGGUGCCUUCCAGAGUUUAGUACAAUUAGCAGGGUUCAUUGCGCCCUUAAUCAAUGGAUACAUGGGGCAAAUGUAUGGUCUUGCAGCAAGUAAUUUGUUAUGUUGCGCUGUCACAGUAGUGGCACUUGCAACAACUGUUAAAUUGUCUGUACCUAAAGCAAAAGUACAAUAAAUAAGUUUUUACUUUUUAAACUCUA